AUGGCUGUGGUUGAAAGGAUUUGUGACGCAGAAGUUCGUGUGUUCAAGUGGAACGAAAGUGAAAGGAUUUCUAGUAACGAGGUUGAAGGAGUGUUGAUGGUUCGUGUAUUAUUUGGGGAAAUCAAAACUGGAUUCCUAAAGAAGAAGAUUCAGAGGAAGGUACGUGCAUUUUCAUUCAAUUUCGACAGCUUACAGUCUCGAGACUCUUUAAAAUCAUUGGCGGAUUUGUCUAAUCAUCUACCCCAACAAAUUUUCUUGAAAGAAAGCAAUGCUCGUAUUCUAUCAGCAAUGAUAUUUGAGAAUUUAGUUGGUAAUUUUCAGUUUACCUCCAUAUUAAAUUCGUCAUCUCCUUCAAGAAAGCCCAAGAUCGUCAUCGUUAUAGAUGCUUUUGUGGAGAGUUCUCCUUUGCUCGAGGAAGACUUUCCUAAUGAAGAAGAAGAAGAAGAAGAAGAAUGUAGUAGUUGUGAAUAUGGAAACAUUGAACAAGAGAUGGCUUCAUCAAAUACUUUAUCAGUGGACGGAAAUCAUGAUCAACAACAAGAAGAGACUGAGAUACUCGACAUGGACUAUGACUUAACAGAUUUAGAAGUUGAAGAAGAAGGUGAAGUUGACAGUGAUGUUGAAUUAGAACAAGCAAUUGAGGAUGAGGAGGACUUGAUGGACGAUGAUAAUAUUGUCUCAAACAUUAUGGUUGACAAGAAGGGUGAUUCUUUGGAUAUUCUAAGCGCGCUAAGGUCUAAUCUACUUAUUGAACCAAUUGCAGCAACCCAUGAACCAUAUGUUCUCAAGCAAAUUGAGAUUGCAGUGAAGGUGACGAGAUGGAUUGAUGAUGAUAGAGCUGCAGCAGACACGUGUUCGAUAUGUUUGAAGAAGUUCUUGAUGGGGACACUGAUCUCAACCACGCCAUGUUCACAUGUUUUUCAUAGGAGUUGUUUGAAACGAUGGUUGCCAAAAAAUAGUUCCUGCCCAAUGUGCCGAACACUUUGCGCUACCAUAGUUCAUAUAUAA